UGUUCCUGUUGAACUUGAAGGAGCUAUGAGAGAUUUCAAAGAUGUUGGCAACAAAUUUGAAGUUAAUAAUGUUGAUGAAAUGAUAGCGCAAUUAAAUUCUGAUCAAAAACGAAUUUUUGAUAGAGUUACUACUAAUAUAUUAUCUAAUAAUGAAAUUCUUAGAUUUUAUGUAAGCGGUGAGGGUGGUACUGGAAAAAGUUUUUUGAUAAAAACUAUUAAAAGUUGGAUAAAAAAAUAUGUUGGAAAAGACACAGCAAUAACUGCACCAACUGGUAUAGCUGCUUUUAAUAUCGAUAGACUUACUAUUCAUAGAUUGUUUCAGUUACCAGUAGAACAUGGUCGUACUGCUAAAUAUAAACAACUUUCUGAUAUAGUUCUUAAAAUUGUACGAGAGGAACUUAAAAACGUUGUUUUAGUAAUUAUCGAUGAAGUUUCAAUGAUUUCAAAUAUCACAUUAAUGUACAUACAUCUUCGAUUAACAGAGAUAUUUAAUACUGGUGAAUCGGAUAAUGGAUGGUUCGGCGAAAAACAUAUACUACUUUUUGGAGAUCUUUUGCAACUUCCACCAGUGCAUGAGGAACCAUAAUUUAUUGAGUUAUCAACGACAAAAAUUGAAAAAUAUAUUGGAGGGAUGGAUUCCAUGAAUUUAUGGUCUUUAUUUAAUUAUGAUGAAUUGCAAAUUAAUGUGCGACAACAAAGUGAUAACACUUAUCGAGAUAUAUUAUCGAGAAUUCGAAUAGGAACUGUAAUAGAUUCAGACACAGUUGUUUUAAAUACGAGAAAAAUAAAAUUUACACAGAAUACUUGUGAUGGUCGAUUACAGGAAUUAUGUAAUUAUUUGGAAAAAUUGCCGUUGGAUGCAGUUUGUUUAAUUCCUACUUGUGCAUUAUGUGAUACUUUGAACACCGCAAUGUUACAUCGAAUUGCAUCGGACGAAAUAGAACUCGUUGCUCAAGACAUAACAGACUGUCAUAUUUCAUAUUUAAAAAAGAAAGUUUCAAAGAUAUUAAAUAAAGAUGAUGAAGAUAGUUCUCGAACAGCUGGAUUAGCGAGAAUUAUAAUUGUAAAAUUAGGCGCACGUAUAAUGAUUAGAAGAAAUAUCGAUGUUACUUUAGGUCUUGUGAAUGGUACAAUUGGUACAAUUACAUCAUUUAUACGAAAUAAUAAUAAUGUAGUAGAUAAGAUAAAAAUAAUGCUUACAUCAGGAAUAGAGCAUGUACUAGAACGUGUCAGUGUUAAGUUUGAAGUAAUGAAUGGAGCAUAUGUUAUAACAAAACAAUUUCCAAUAUGCUUAAGUUACGGUAUGACUAUUCAUAAAAGUCAAGGAUUAAGUUUAAAACAUGCCAUUGUAGAAACUGGAAAUUCUGUAUUCAGUUGUGGACAAAUAUACGUUGCUCUUUCACAAGUAACCACUUUAAAUGGACUACAACUUGUAAAUUAUGAUCCUUCAUCUGUGAAAGCAAAUGAAUUAGCUAUAAUAGAAUAUAAUAGAUUGCGAUCACAGUAUAGGCCAGAUCU